AAUAGUUAAGUUUUGUUGUAAUAUUUUUAAAUGUAGGGGUUUAUGUGAAGAUCGGAUGGCGUCAACCAAAAGUGCAAAAAACGGUAGAGUUACCAAAGACUUGGAAAUAGCUGGGAAGACUGUUUUAAUCACCGGCGCAAACACCGGAAUAGGUUUAGAGACUGCAAUUGAUCUUGCGCAACGAAACGCUAAAGUCAUAAUAGCCUGCAGAAAUUUACAAAAAGCAGAAUCGGCGAAACAAAAAAUUAUAGAAUCAUCGGGCUCAAACAAUGUUGUUGUGAAACAUCUGGAUCUGGCAUCAUUCGAGUCAAUCCGAAAAUUAGCGGCCGAUAUAAAUGCGACUGAAGAACGACUUGAUGUAUUAAUAAACAAUGCAGGUCUUGUUUUAUCAACAUACGAAGAAACUGCAGACGGAUUUGAAAUGCAAUUUGGAGUCAAUCAUCUGGGGCAUUUUCUCCUCACGAAUUUGCUACUGGAUUUGUUAAAACGAAGUGCUCCAAGUAGAAUUGUCAACGUUGCUUCCGCUGGCCAUCAGGCUACUACUAUCAAUUGGAAUGAUCCAAACAGAAAAAAUAAUUUCAAUGGAAUGGAAGCAUAUUGUCAAAGCAAAUUAAUGAAUGUUUUAUUCUCCAGGGAACUCAGCAAAAAACUUGAUGGUAGUGGAGUGACAUCUAAUAGUUUACAUCCGGGUGCCGUGGAAACUGAAAUCGGUCGGGAUUUGGGAUGUUGCAAAAUGUCAGGAUUCCUGGCAUGCAUGACAAUAUGUUUUUUUACUUUCUGUCCCUGCGUAGUAGUUGAUGCAGAGCAGGGAGCACAAACAUCUGUUUACUGUGCAAUCGCUCCGGAACUGGAAAAUGUAACUGGAAAAUAUUUCAGAAUGGUUCGUUCAGCAGUUCGUGGAUGGGUAAAAAGUGCUGUAAAGCUUACUAACAAAACUGUUCUAAUAACUGGGGCAAAUUCGGGACUUGGAUACGAAACUGCUCUCGAUCUGGCCAAACGGGAGGCGCGAAUUAUUAUAGCAUGCAGGGAUGCGAAUAAGGCAAAUGCUGCAAAAUCUGAGAUUGAAAUCGCAACGGGGUCACGGAAGAUUAUCACCAAGAGUCUUGAUCUUGCUUCUUUUGACUCAAUUCGAACAUUUGCAAAAGAUAUAAAUCAAACCGAGACUAGAUUAGACAUCUUGGUAAACAAUGCGGGAGUGAUGAAACUCCCCCAAGGGAUGACAUCUGAUGGAUUUGAAAUGCACUUUGGAGUUAAUCAUCUCGGACCAUUUCUUCUGACAAAUUUAUUAUUAGAUUUAAUAACGAAAAACGGGAAUGGCAGAAUCGUAAAUCUGUCUUCAAUAGCACACUUGCUUGGAGUUUUGCAUUGGAAUGACUUGAAUUGGAGAAACAAAGAAUAUUCACCCAUGGGAGCAUACAAUGCAAGCAAACUGAUGAACGUUUUAUUUACAAAGGAACUCAGUCGGCGAGUGCAAGGUACUGGCGUUACUGUUAACGCCGUUCACCCCGGUGUCGUGCGGACAAAUCUUAAUAGGACAGGUGGACAAGACAAGAGUGUGUAUGGAAGAUUGACAGAUUUUGUAUUUAAUCAACAACUAUUCACCAGAGAUCAAAAACACGGAGCCCAAACGUCAAUUUAUUGUGCCAUAGCUCCAGAACUAGACGGGAUAACAGGAAAGUAUUUCAGCGACUGUCGGAGGAUGUUUACAAAAUGGCCAACAACCGGGAAGAAAAAUUGCGAAAGAUUAUGGGAAUUAAGUGAAGAAUUGACUGAACUGAAAACGAAGCAAACGACAAAUACAAGAACUGCGACAAACACAUAACGAUUUAUUUUCAAAGCUGUUUAGAUCAAUUAAUUUUAAUCAAUGCGAUUUAUACUAUUCUUGAACAAGUUAGCUUGCGCUGAAACCAGCGACAUUGGUCGCUUAUAUAAUUCAACCCUCUUAUGGAA